UAGCUUUUAACCACGAUAAGAGUCUCUCUCUCUCCAUCUCUCUCCCCCGGUAUGAUACAAAUACACAAAGCACCAAAUCUCAUCAACAAAAAGACGCCUCUGUCGCCUCCCUUUUUUCCUUCAAUAUUUCCCCUAAAUUUCAUUUCUUCUUGAUCGCCCGGGCCUCCGAUCUGACAAACUCGCUGGAUUUUUAUCACAAAGCAAUCGGAUUCAGCUCAGGAUCGAUUCGUUUCAAUCUGGAAUAAUUGGAUUCCGAUCUCCGAACGUUCUAUCGGCGUUCGCGCGUUGAAUCGCGCAUUGUUGCAUUGUAUCCGCAUGGCCUGUUGCUUCAUCGAUUGGUUUUCGAUCUGUAUCGGGCGGUGAACCCGGUGGAGCUGAAAGAAGCAUGGGAGGAUCGAGAACUAGAUCUUCCAGAGCCUGAAGAUGCCCGGACUAGCGCAGAGAAAUGCUCAAUUCAGCAAUGCUUCGUCUUCGUUGUAUUCGUCGUCGUCGUGCUCCACCGGAUCGAUAUCGAAGAACGGAAUCUGGUCGAAGCAUCGCGACGACGUAACCUUCGAUCAGCUUCAGAAGUUCUGGAGUGAGCUGCCCCCUCACGCUAGGCAGGAACUCCUGAGGAUUGAUAAACAGACACUCUUUGAACAAGCUCGUAAGAACCUUUACUGCUCUAGAUGCAAUGGUUUGCUGCUGGAAAGUUUUUCGCAGAUUGUCAUGUAUGGGAAGUCUUUGCAGCAGGAAGGUGCAGAUGGACACCUUCCCAGCAGCAGAGCAGGAACUUUGAAAAUUCAGAAUGAUAGUGGAUUGAAUAUUUCGCCUUUGAGCUGUCAUGAUGACUUCCAAGAUCCUUCUGUUCAUCCUUGGGGAGGUUUGGCUGCAACUCGAGAUGGGAUGCUAACACUUUUGGACUGCUUUAUAGAGGCAAAAUCACUCAAGCCACUUCAAAAUGUUUUUGAUAGUGCGCGUGCCAGAGAACGGGAGCGGGAAUUGCUUUACCCUGAUGCCUGUGGUGGGGGAGGUAGGGGGUGGAUAAGCCAAGGAGUUGCUAAUUAUGGCAGGGGGCAUGGAACUAGAGAAACAUGUGCUUUGCAUACAGCCAGACUUUCUUGUGACACGCUGGUAGAUUUCUGGUCAGCACUUGGAGAUGAGACUCGUCAAUCUCUUCUACAAAUGAAAGAAGAGGAUUUUAUUGAGAGGCUCAUGUAUAGGUUUGAUAGCAAGAGGUUUUGCAGAGAUUGCAGAAGGAAUGUUAUUCGUGAAUUCAAAGAGCUGAAGGAGCUGAAGCGCAUGAGGAGGGAACCUCGCUGCACCAGUUGGUUUUGUGUUGCAGAUACAGCUUUCCAAUAUGAGGUAUCUGAUGAUUCAGUCCAUGCUGAUUGGCACCUGUCCUUCACAGAAAAUGUUGGAACAUACCAUCACUUUGAAUGGGCUCUUGGAACAGGAGAAGGAAAAUCUGACAUUCUAGAGUUUGAGGAUGUUGGCAUGAAUGGAAGUGUCCAAGCAAAUGGCCUUGACCUUGGUGGUUUGAGUGCAUGCUUUAUAACAUUAAGGGCUUGGAAGCUAGAUGGUCGUUGCACUGAACUUUCUGUUAAAGCCCAUGCGUUGAAGGGUAAGCCAUGUGUCCAUCAGAGGCUUGUCGUUGGAGAUGGACUUGUUACAAUAACAAAAGGGGAAAGUAUCAGAAGGUUUUUUGAGCAUGCUGAAGAAACAGAGGAAGAAGAGGAUGAUGAUUCCAUGGACAAGGAUGGAAAUGAGCUGGAUGGAGAAGGCUCGCGUCCCCAAAAGCAUGCGAAGAGUCCUGAACUUGCUCGAGAAUUUCUUCUAGAUGCUGCUACUGUUAUUUUCAAGGAACAGGUAGAAAAGGCUUUCAGAGAAGGAACAGCUCGCCAAAAUGCACAUAGUAUAUUUGUCUGUCUUGCGCUAAAAUUGCUGGAAGAACGUGUUCAUGUUGCAUGCAAAGAAAUUAUCACUUUAGAAAAGCAGAUCAAGCUUCUUGAGGAAGAAGAGAAAGAAAAGCGUGAGGAAGAAGAGCGAAAGGAGAGGAGAAGGACAAAAGAACGAGAGAAAAAGCUCAGAAGGAAAGAGAGAUUAAAAGGGAAAGAAAAGGAAAGAGAAAAGAAAUGUGAUGAAUCAAAGGAAAUCCCAAUUACUCUUGAUGCUUCUAUGGACGAUUCACCCCCAAGUAUUCAUGACAAACCAAAUAAUACUGUCAAUUCCGUGGAUUCAGUCAGUGAAACUGGAGAUGUUACAUGCAGGCCUCCAGAUAUUCAAGAUGAACAACUCCCUAAUGCAUCUACUAUUUCCAAUGUGCCAGACCCAAACAAUGAUAGUGUAAGGCACACAUAUAAUGUUGCUGAAGGGAAGAUCUUUCCAAAGGAUGGGAAUGGCUUGUUUGCAAUUGAGCAAUCAAAAUCUUCUCGCCGGAAACUGAGAUUCAGGAAAGAUUUUCAAAUUGAUCCAGCUUCCAAAUGGUGCGAUAGACGCCGAUCCUCAACUGUCUAUGACAACAGGGUUCUGUUUGAUGAAUCUGAACGGAGAUGUCAUGGCACAUAUACAGAAACUUCUUCCGGGUGCAUGAAUGGAGUAGGCAGGCAAAGAAGCAAUUCUGUUAAACCAAACACAAGAAAUUCUAGUCCUAGGUUUGGUGAGAAAUUUCACUGUUUCAAGAUGCGUGAUAGAAAUGAAUUCCAUUUCUGCAGCUGUAAUCAACAUAAUGAUUACAGAGCAAAAGAUGCCUCUCAUGUUUCUGUUAUCAGAUCUUGUAGGGAGAGCAAAACCAUGAACAAGUCAGAAUCUGCAUCUGAUUUGCCUAGGCCACGCAAUAACAAGUAUAAUCAUGGAUCUUCUAUGUCUGAUAGUUGUGGAAAUCCCAAAAGCAAGGUCAUCUCAGGAAGCAUUCCUAGCAGAGAUGUGUUUCAUACCAAGAAAGUAUGGGAGCCAAUGGAUGUGCGGAAAAGGUACUCCCACAGCAACUCAGAUCCCGAUGUUACUCUGAAUUUAUCUACUAUCAAGGUCGAUGAAUGUGAAAAUGAUAAAUGCAAUCAAGAUGAGACUGGAUUGCAACAACCUGAUAGCAUUCUCAAGUCAACAGAUGAGCUGUAUCUUUAUGAACAUUCUGGAAAUUCAGGAGAUGGUGGUGAUUCAGAUAAAUGCCAAGGUAACAAGGACACUAAUGGGAAGGAAUCCAAAAACUCCAGCCCAAGAGUGGAGGAGGGCUGCCAGAGUGCAUUUAGUUUGGAAACAAAGGCCCCUUACUGUUCAAAGAAUGCUGCUGCUGAUGGAGUUGAAUCAUGUCCUAUACUUUCUUUUUCUAGAAAUGGUACUUCUGAUCCCUCAGUUAGCAGCACUUCCAGUUCAGAUAACUGCUCUUCAUGCCUUAGUGAAGGUGAUAGCAGUAUAACCUCUUCAAGUACACAAAAUGUAGAAUCAUCGUCAACAUCAGAUUCAGAAGAUGCUAGCCAACAAUCAGAAGGAAGAGAUGUUUCAACAUGUGAUGACAAUGGUUUUCAUAAAUGCCAGGAUGCUGGAGUAGAUGACAAACAGAGUACAAAUGGAGGGGAAUCUAUCAGAAGCAGGACAGAUGUUGGGUCUCCAUUAACAAACUCUGUCAUAAGAAGCAAUUUUACAGUGGACCUACAAAUAAAAUGUUCCCGUCCUCCCGAUACUGGUAGAAUUACAGUUGAUAUGGGUUCUCAGCAGCACAAUGUGCUUCCACCAAUGCAUAAUCAAAGCAUACAUUUGCCUGUGUUCCCAGCACCUUCCACCGUGAGUUACUACCAUCAGAAUCGAGCUUCUUGGCCUUCAGCUCCUGCAGCAAAUGGGCUAAUGCCAUUUCCCCAACCCAGUGGCUACAUCUUCACUAGCCCUUUAGGGUAUGGCCUAUCAACGAACCAGCCUUCACACUUCUGCAUGCAAUACAGUGGUAUACAACAGUUGAGAACUCCAUUGCUUAAUGUGGCCCAACUUCCGGUCUAUCAGCCUGUUAACAAAGUCAAUGGUGUAACCUCAAAGGAGCAGAGCAAGAAUGCUAAACUUGGUGGGGCACAGGAUGCCGCCAUUAGUGUAGCCGAUACAGUGACAACUGAAUGUCCCCUGGAGAAAAUAGCACCAAGUGGUCAGACUCCAACAGCAACACCUUCACGUGGAGAAGAUGGUCUUACUAGGACUGCUAAACUGUACAAUGACAACAAAAACUUCUCAUUAUUCCAUUUUGGUGGGCCUGUGGCAGUGGCAAAUGGACAUAAUUUGAAUCCAGGGCCCUUAAAAGAGGGAACAGUUGGGGAUUUUUCAUCGAAUUCRCCAGCAGAUCCUGCUCUGGAUGAUCAUACUUGCACCAAGAAAGAGAUAACUGUUGAAGAAUACAGUUUGUUUGCGGCAAGUAAUGGGACAAGGUUUUCGUUCUUCUGAUAUACUAUGGGAAGAACCAAGGUGGCUGUUAGAAUUCCGUCCCUGUUCCUUUCUUUGGUUAUGAAGGAGUGAGCACUUGUAGUAUUUCAUUAGAUAAUAAUCGUCUUUGAGAAUUCCAAUUUUACCAUGUAUUCAUCCUCAGUUGAUUCUCAUUCCAAAGUCUAAAUGUGUCUUGUUUCUUUUUUAUUUCUUCUAGAGGAAAAAAGAAAAUUGCGAGUGGUACAUUUUUGAAAGCCUUUCUGUUUGCUGAUAUUAUAUCUCUGCACACAGUUGUGUUUAUAGAUCUUCCUCUGGGAAGAUAAUUUUUGCUUGAUUUCAUUUUUGGCCUCCA